GGGGCUCCGCGCGUGGCGGCCGCCGAGCUCUGCGUGGGGCAAACCUCCCGGCGCGGCCAUGCGGGGAGUUGCUGAAGUAAAGGAACCCUGCAGCCUUCCCAUGCUAUCUGUUGACAUGGAAAACAAGGAAAAUGGCUCUGUCGGUGUGAAAAAUUCCAUGGAAAAUGGGAGACCACCCGAUCCUGCAGACUGGGCAGUGAUAGAUGUCGUCAAUUAUUUCCGAACAGCGGGAUUUGAGGAGCAAGCUAGUGUUUUUCAGGAACAGGAAAUUGAUGGGAAAUCCCUGCUAUUGAUGACAAGGAAUGAUGUAUUGACAGGACUUCAGUUAAAAUUGGGGCCUGCUCUGAAAAUCUACGAAUAUCAUGUAAAACCUCUGCAGACAAAGCACUUAAAGAACAACUCUUCAUAGUACAGUCAAAUUGGGGUCUUAGACCUCAAAAAAUACAUAAUGACAUACUUUAGUUUCAUGUGAUGAAACUUUGUAAACAGAAUACAUACAUGUGUAUAUGUAAAGAAUUUCAAUCAAAUGAAACGCUAUCCUAUUGGAUAGACUAGGCAAUCCAUCGGCUGACCUGACUUCAGCCAGGAGGAGCAAGGACAAGACAUGCACGGGAUGAUUUUCCUUGUGGAGUCUGUCAAGUAGAAUAAUCCUUGACAUGAUUAGACACCCCUACCCACAAAGGCUUUGAAAA